CCGCCGUCGGGGCAGGAGGCGCCGCCGCGGGGCCCCGAACCCGAGCAGCAGCAGCAGCAGCAGCAAGAGGGCCGACUGGCCAGCCGGCUGCUGGUCUCCUUCCAGUACGUGCACGUGCAGCUGGCGGGCGGGGCGCCCUGGGGCUUCACCCUCAAGGGCGGCCUGGAGCACAGCGAGCCCCUCAUCGUUUCAAGGGUGGAGGAUGGCGGGAAGGCCGCUUUGUCCCAGAAGAUGCGCUCCGGGGACGAGCUUGUGAACAUCAACGGCACUCCCCUCUAUGGCUCCCGCCAGGAGGCGCUCAUUCUCAUCAAGGGCUCCUAUCGCACUCUGAAGAUGAUCCUGCGGAGAAGGAACGUGCCCAUCCUCCGGCCGCACUCAUGGCACCUGGCCAAGCUCUCCGAGGCCCGGACUGAGACGACCGCCAUGCCCUGCCCCGCUGAUGCCUUCAGCCUCUCUUGGCACUCGGGAUGUGACACCAGCGACCUCUCCUCGCCCUGGACCCCCCUGUCCCGCCACUGCAGCACAGAGAAGAGCAGCUCGCUGGGGAGCAUGGACAGCCUGGACCCUCCCAGCCAGACCUCCUACUACGAGGGCAGCCUCUCCCCCAUCGACCAGGCCAUGUUCCAGAACAAGCGGGACUCUGCCUACAGCUCCUUCUCGGCCAGCUCGACCACCUCUGAUUCUGCCCUGAGACCCGAGGAGAACAGCCCUGCCGAAGGCCACCCGCCGGGCUUCCUGCCGGACCACCGGUACCUCCAGACGGGCAGCGAGGGCAGUGAGCCAGCCAGCCGGCACUCUCCAGCCGCCUUGCUGGCCCCCGGCCUCCGGCCAGCCUCCUGCACUCCCGCCAACCCCUCCUCUGGCUUGGCCAAAGGGGCUGCCCCCCCUCCACUGCCUCCGGUGAGGCAGGACAGCCUGCGGGCCUGCAACGCCCCGCCAGAGGCCACCGGGGUGGACUCCCUGCACCCGAAGGGGCGGUGGACUUCGGACUCGUCUCUGUGCCCCCAGGGCAGGGACCCUCGAGGGCCGAGUGGGCAGCCGGCCUCCGCCGGGCACGCAAAGGGCUCUCUGUCCGCCGAACAGUACUACCUGCUGAGCUCCCACGCGGACCCUCACCCCCCACCCAUGGAGAAGGGUGCCUCCAGCACAGAGUCUCUCUUGAAUGAGCAGGUGGGGGGGCACCCCUCGCAAAGCCAUCCCCCCCACGGCAUGGAAAGAAAGGAGCAGGAGGGGGAGCUGGGCCCCCAUGACAUGAGCUCCUCUGCCUGGAAGGCCAGCUGGCCGGGCCCUUUGGGCCACCGGCACAGCGCCCCCGAGCACCUGCUGGCUGCCCAGCUACAGGCCCUGCACGUGGCCCCCGGCCAGGAGGACCCCCGCUGGACUGUGUCUCCGCUGCACGCUGAGCAAAGAGGUCCCAGAACCCCCGAGCCGUGGCGGGAUCAGGAUCAGGAUCAGGGCAGCUGUGCCUCUCCUGGCCACUCUCGUCCAGGGUGGGGGGGAGGCUCCUGUUCCCCCCAAGGCCGGCACCCUGGACACGAGAGACCCCGGAGCGCCUCCGUCGAGUUGGGGUCGCCCUCGCCACGGCAGCCGGCUGGAGAUGCGGCCGGCAGGGACUUCCCAGCGGCCCCUUCCCUGAAUGCUGCAACGGAGGGGGUCCGGGAUGCAGAAGGGGCCCCCUCGGCUCCUAGGAAAGGCGGGUCGAUGCAGCACCGCUCUGCCCAGAUGCGCCGCCGCAGUGACCGCUUCGCCACCAACUUGCGCCAUGAGAUCCAGUGGCGCAAGGCCCAACUGCAGAAAGCUAAGGGCUCUGGGGUGCUCUUGGGUGGGGAGGAGACAGUGCGGGAAACGGGCAACACCCACAACCCUGGUCGGGCCCUUCUGGCCCCGGAGCCCCGUUGGAGGGCCCAGGAGCCGGUGCCGGAGCGGCCCCCAAAGCCUCUGCCCCCAGCUCCUGGGCGGAGCGGACGCUGGCGAUGGUCUCCGGAGCACAAGCUGCAGCCGCACCAUGAGGGCUCGCCGGCGACUCAGCCGGAACCCCUGUCCCAUUUUCCGGACGAGUCGGGACUCCUGCCUUUUGCAGACAGGAGAAAAUUCUUUGAGGAGACGAGCAAGCCGCUGCUCUCCGGAUACACGCACCUCCGGCACAGCAGGCUUGGGGGGUUGCAGGCCCCCAAGGCGGAGGAGCAGAACACUUUCCAGCCUGUGGGCUCUGAGCACCUGGCCGUGCGGCGCCACUCCAUGGACCAGACCUACGGGUUGCCCUCGCCCCCCGUCUACCCAGACUUCCACAGGGAAGCCCUCGCGUGCUGCCAGCCUUCGGCUCGACAUCGGGGGGAUUGUGACUGCUGGCAGCCCCUGCCCUGUUCCUGCGCCCCUCGUGAAGCCUGUACCUACUGCUAUGGGGAGAGGUGCCCUGCCUUGCACCAGAGGAGCUUGCCGGUGCCCGCCAGCCACUGCGCCCACCACUGCCACCCUCGCCCGGCCUGGACCCGCUACAGCGACUGUUGUUGCCUGGGAACUCACAAGCGCUUGGACGAGGCUGGACCCUGGCAAGCGAGGAAGGAAUUUCCUUCCGAUGAAUGGGAGCCUCCAGCUGUAAACAGGAAGAGCAGCCAGUCCAUGAGUGAGUUGGCCCCACAGAAGAUGGGCUUUGCCAGGGUGAGCCCCUUCUGGACCCGCUUCGAGAACACCGAGCUGGAGUGGGCUCCUUUCUGUCGCACCACGUCCACUCGCAACCUCUCUUGGGACCACGAAAGGCCCGGGCAGGCCGCUGAGAAUCCAGCCUACGAAGAAGCCGGGAAGCCCCCCCUGCGGGAAAGGGCAUACUCGGAAAGCCACCUCUGUGCAGAACCCGCCAGCGCUGCCUCGGGAAAGGAGCCCCAGCGGGAAGCCCCUCUCGCCAGGUUAGAAGAGGCCGGACUGGAAUCGCCCGGGAGGGCCAAAAGGAAGGGGCCGCCCCCUCCGCGGCCCCCGCCCCCAAACUGGGAGAAGUACCACCCACGGCGUGCCUCCCACCACCAGCUGCUUCCCUCCAAGGCCAGCCCCUCCACCCCUCCGGAGGACCCCCCCGCCCCUGGACAGAAGAGCGACGACGCGGCGAGACAGCGGUCCCAGAGCCUGCCUGUGGAGCAGCGGGGGAAGGAGGCGGCCCAGCAACCGCCGUCCCCCCACGCCGGCCCUUCGGAAGCCCCCUCCCCUGGGGAGCAAGGCAGCGUCCACCACUACUGCCACAACGCUCCCUGCCGCCGGAGUCCGGAGUGGCCACCGGUCGCGACUGCCCCCAGCGAUCGGAGCGGCUCCUCCAGGCCCGCAAGCUCCUUGGAGGAGGAAGCCAUUCCUGACCCCCAGUGGCCGAAGGAACCCCACGGAUCAGCAACUGGUAGGACACGGGAGGAAGAUGCCAGGAACCUGGCAGCUUCCCAAGAGCCAGAGAAGGCCUUCCACGGAGCAGCGAAGGAGAGGGGUCCCUUGGCCCCAGCUGGCCCCUCGCCCCCCUUCCGGCUGAACUCGGAGGAGCUGAUGAGAGAGGUGGCGGGCCAGGACCGCUCCCUCGCGGGGGUGCUGAGCCCUGCCUUGGGACGGGUGACGGCCACGGAGGUGAUGGGAGACUUCUUCUCGCCCAGCGACAGCCCCGCGUGGGGAGAGUGGGACCGGCAGCCCCACGCAGGUGGGGCAGCCCUGCCCAAGAGGCAGCCGGCCCCGUCUCUCUCCCCGGCCUGUGGAGCAGGCACCGCCAGCCCCGCCGUGGGCUCCGUCUCUUGCAACCCCUCGGACAGCAAAGCCAAGCCGGCCGGCCAGGCAAAGGAGACGCCUGAAUCAGUGGGGAUCAGCUCAGAGGAGGAAGAGGAGUUGGAUUAUGACCUGGCCCGGAAGAAGGUACAGUUGAUUGAGAGCAUCAGCCGGAAGCUGGCGGUGCUGCAGGAAGCACAGCGAGGCCUUCAGGACGACAUGAAUGCCAACACGGCCCUGGGGAGGGAAGUGGAGAGCCACGUCAAGGGGGCCUGCAAGAGCCAGGAGUACGAGAAGUUCCGCCUUUUCAUCGGAGACCUCGACAAAGUGGUCAGCCUGCUGCUCUCUCUUUCCGGGAGGCUGGCCCGGGUAGAGAACACCCUGGGGGGCCUGGAUUCGGAAGCUCCAGAGGAGGAAAAGCUGGUCCUCUUGGAAAAAAAGCGGCAGCUGAUGGCCCAGCUGGAAGACGCCAAGGAGCUCCAGGAGCACGUGGCUCGGCGGGAGCGCGUGGUCUUUGCCAGCGUGUCCUGCCGCCUGCCCAGCGAGCAGCUGCAGGACUACCAGCACUUUGUGCGCAUGAAGUCAGCCCUGGCCAUCCAGCAGCGGCAGCUGGAGGACAAGAUCAAGCUGGGUGAGGAGCAGCUGCGCUGCCUGCGGGACAGCCUGCGCCGGGGCGCCCGGGAGUACUAGCGGGGCCCCGUCUGGUGGCUGCCGGGAGACACAUGCGCGCCCACGGGGGCCUUGGUCCUGGAUCACGACCCUCCGGGCACUCGCUGCCUGCUGCAUUCCUGCCCUCAGGAACGAGCCGUUUUGCCAAAGACUGCCAUGCCAAUCACCGUGUGCCUGCCCAGCCACCCUCCGUGCCAGGGGAGGCUGGGAUCCCCCAUGUGCCCUUUGGCCAGAAGACGGUGCCUGCCCCCCUUUGGGAUG